ACCUGUAAAGAAAGGUGGUUUUGUGUAUAGCGGGGAGGAGAGCAAUAAUGAGGGCAACACAGUCCUGGUAGUUUUAAACAACUGUAAAAGGAAAUGCUGUUGCAAAGGGUGUGGAAUGGAACUUGUGGCCCCUUGACAGCUCUAAAGAGGUCCAAAUUUAACCAUCAUACUGUAAAAAAGAGAUUUUUAUUUAUGAUGCAUAAGAAACUUUCUAUGAUUAGGUUUUGGUAUAGAAUCAUAAAAUUCCCGAAACUUCGAGCAAGAGGCAAGGCUUGUAAAUUAAGAAAAAUCAAGCGAAGGUUGGUGCAGAAAGUUACAAGGGACCAUCAAGAAACACUUCAGCCAGAUUUUGAAAGUGGAUUGUGUCAUUUGUUUUCCUCCUGGAGAUCUAAAAGUAACCGUCUUUGGAAGCGGUACAGCUUAUCAGAUAUGAACAAUAAUACACCCAAACCUUUAGGAGAGGAGAAUGAAAUAUGUGCACCUGAGAUCUGCCACACACAGGAUGUGUCUGCUGAGCCGUGUUCUCAGGCUGCAGAAUCCAGAGGGCAGGAUGGCAGUGUGGAUGCUGUCCCACCAGAACUGCAUGUUAGAGCUUCUCCAGAAGCAGAAACCUUGCACCAGGUGGAGAGCAACGGGGCUCUGGCAGAGGAUCAUUGCUCUGACAUUGUCAUCUCUAUGACAGGAAAAGAAAUUGCUGUUUCAGAUCAAGAUGGUGCAGAAUCCAAGGAGGUUGUGGGUGUAGACGGAAUGACACUGUUGCAAUCCUCCUUGCAGGAUUCUGAUGUCAGUGAUAAUUUUGCAAAUGGACCUUUAUCUAUGGAGCUGACACAGAAUGAGGACAGCUCUAGCCAGAUGGAAGUAGAAGGCUCUUUAAACUUGGACAUUUUUAGUUCGAAAUUACUAGAUCACCCUUACUGUAAAAGUCCUCUUGAGGAGCCUUCACCAGAAAGCACAGGACUGAAAUCAGGAACUCGGAAGGGAGGCAAAAGGAACAGUCAGAAAACUUCCCGGGUGGCUGAUGAGCAGUUGGCAACGUGGCUUUGUGGAUUCCUAGAUGAAGUUAUGAAGAAAUAUGGCAGUUUAGUACCACUCUGUGAAAAAGAUGUCAUGGGAAGAUUAAAAGAAGUCUUUAAUGAAGAUUUCUCCCAUAGAAAACCUUUUAUAACCAGGGAAAUCAUGAAGUAUCGGGAAAAACAUCCAAAAACCUCCACUUGCAAUUUCCGGGUCUUCUAUAAUAAGCACAUGCUAGAUAUGGAUGAUUUGGCUACACUGGAAGGCCAGAACUGGCUGAAUGACCAGAUAAUUAACAUGUAUGGUGAACUCGUAAUGGAUGCGGUCCCUGAAAAGGUUCAUUUCUUUAACAGCUUUUUUCAUAGACAGCUCGUAACCAAAGGAUAUAAUGGGGUAAAACGAUGGACUAAAAAGGUGGACUUGUUCAAAAAGACGCUCUUGUUAAUUCCUAUUCACCUGGAAGUCCACUGGUCCCUCAUUACUGUGAACAUCCCCAGUCGAAUUAUUUCAUUUUACGAUUCCCAAGGCAUUCAUUUUAAGUUUUGUGUAGAGAACAUUCGAAAGUAUUUGCUGACUGAAGCAAAAGAGAAGAAUCGCCCCGAGUUCCUUCAGGGUUGGCAGACUGCUGUGACAAAGUGCAUUCCACAACAGAAAAAUGACAGUGACUGUGGGGUUUUUGUGCUCCAGUACUGCAAGUGCCUCGCCUUAGACCAGCCUUUUCAGUUCUCCCAGGAAGAUAUGCCCCGAGUGAGAAAAAGGAUUUACAAGGAGCUGUGUGAACGCCAGCUAAUAGACUAAUAAAAUGCAGCCAACUUAAUUUCUCUGGCAUUUCUGACAAGUUGCAGCUGGUGUUUGUGUACUUGAAUUUCUGAAAACUUCCAUGAAUUUUGAGCGAUUCUCAGCUGAGUGGUGUGGCCACUGUUGUUACCUCAAUUUUUUGCAAAGUUCUUUAAUUGGCAGAACAUAACAGAGCUGCCAUAGAAUAUUCCUAAUGUCGGUUUGAUUCUCUUACGUUCUUUCCUGUAUUUAAUAUUUAUUAUUUCAGCAUGCGUAUAGGCAAAGCAUGCAACUAAAACCAUGAAAUGGUAGAUUUGGUGCACCUUUGAGAUGUAGCUAGAAAUGACAAAUACAGGUGAAUUUGUCUGGAAACAUAAAGAUGCAUGAUAUGUUUUCUGAUGCAAUAAUGCUUUGAAUGUAUCAAAAAAAAAAAAUUCAAUGCCAUAAAAAGAACAGCUAGAACUUAUUUGAUAGUUCCAUUGUCCCUGUUGUGGCUGUGUAAUACUGAAUACCACGUUUUAGGGUGUCCAAACUCAUCUGCAGUUUUAAUUAUGAAGACCCCUUAUUAAAAUAGUUCAAGUUGCUAAUAAAGUUUGUUCUGUUAGCAUUUCUCUGGCUGUCAUUAUCAGCCUGUCCCUAUAGAUAAAAAGCAGCCUUUGCACAAAUAAAGCUUCAGCACUUGUCUGUGUAAUAGCAAGUAAGGAAGUCUUGAGUCAGUCAGUUGGAUGGUAAGUUCCUAGAUGCUGCAGAAGUCUCCAUAAUGUGUGCAUUAAGGAGAACUAUAAAGCUGGCCCUGAAGAGUCACAGCUUAGAUAGUAAGAUAAACUCUUUGGCUGUAACUGUUUACAUCUCAGAUGGCUUUGAGUCAUUUCUCAGAUCCACAGUAUGCAGUGAAAAUGUACCAUUUCUCCCUUCAGCUCUGUCUUCAAAGCUUGUUGUCUUUAACCUCCCGUUGGCUUUUGCUUUUGUUCAAAUAUAAAUUAAUUCAUUUCUGCUGCA